CUCUCGUUUGUUUCACUCCAGCUCAAGCCAUCCCCGUUUCUAUUCUAUCUUUCUUCAACCCAGACAACUUCUACGCCCGCCUAGUAGACUCAAUCGCCAAGAUGGGGAUGGACUAUUUAGUAGAGAGAGGGGAUUGCGAACGGAUGCCGGACGAAGAUGUACCGGACCCUGAUAUAGCGGGCUGGGGGAUUGUGUCUUCCUUUUGUUUUUCGAUUAUCAUGAAUAUGAUCGCCAUCAUCGUAGCAUAUGCGACAAACGCGCUGCAUCAGACUCGGUACAACCCAAUCGACGAUAUACGUCGUCGCAAGGUGCCGUCGACCAGCGGUCAAAAGGAUCAGGAGCAACGCAUUCGUGCUUUCCAGGCUUUCAUGCUAUCAAUGAGCGACCAGCAACUUAUCACCGGUAUGGCGCUCAUGCUGGCAACAACGUUGAUAUUCGACGGAGUGCAUGGCCUGGAUGAGAGCCUCUCGACUUAUUCGUUCCAGAUUGCGACGCGACUUGGCUACUUCUCAUGCAUCACUCAUCUCUGCUCGCUUUCAGUGCUAUGGGAGUAUUUUGAUCAACACAAACGCAUGACGAUAUUCCGGACCAUUAUGAUGGUGGUUUUCCUAGCCAUGACGAUCAGAUGCAUGAUCAUUUCAGACUCUGUGACAUUUCGUUUCAACCGACACAUUUCGUUUCAACCGACACAUUUCUGUCAAAUGUGCCAGAAAGCACUUCAGGCUAGUUGAUCAAGAAAGGCCGAACUACGUCUCAUUUUCCGACGAAGUCAUCAUCAUCUUCAACUUAUCCAUACUGAUAUGUAUCCUCGUCUUUGGAUACUUUCGAAGGAUCAUAGAACUUUACUUCCCGUCACGUCGCAAUCGGCAAGACAAA